AGAGAGAGAGAGAGAGAUUGAAAUUAACGAGUCGUAUCAUUCACGAUCAAGGUAUGAGCUGACAGUUUCAGAAAAGGUAGACAGAGAGAGUCACAUCACACAGCGUCAAAUAUUUUAUGUUAUAAGUUUGUCACAAGUGGUUUCACAACACAAGUUAACCAUACUACUACUCAGCUGUAGCAUCAUAGGAGGGGUGCGCCGUGCGCGUGUUAGAGAAGUAUAUAUAAAAAGGACAUUUUAUUGUCCCUCUGAAUUCGUGCCGUGAACUUCUUCUACUCGAGGGAGGAGGUUCUGCAAAAUCUUAAGUAUUAGUAUAGAGGAAGAGAGAAAUGGCUGCGACUGGUUCAACAUCUGGGCAGCCACAGUUCAUUGCCAGCACUGGAAAUAGGAGUUUUUCAAAUGCGCCGCUGAUUGAGAACCCAGAUGCUGAUAGGAUUGUUGUUCCUGAUAGGAAAAGUUGGAAAAACUUAUUUGCAUACAUGGGCCCGGGGUUUCUAGUUUCUAUUGCAUAUAUUGAUCCUGGAAAUUUUGAAACGGAUCUACAGGCAGGAGCAAAAUACAAGUAUGGGUUACUUUGGAUCAUAUUAGUGGCUUCUUGUGCUGCUCUCAUUAUUCAAUCCCUAGCAGCCAAUCUGGGGGUUGUCACAGGAAAGCAUUUAGCGGAGCAUUGUAGAAAUGAAUAUAAUAAGGUCCCAAACUUCAUACUAUGGGUUCUUGCCGAAGUUGCUAUUGUUGCAUGUGACAUUCCUGAAGUGAUUGGAACAGCUUUUGCAUUGAAUAUGCUCUUCAGUAUUCCUGUAUGGUGUGGUGUUCUUCUGACAGGGCUUAGUACAUUGGUUCUUCUUGCGUUACAGCAAUAUGGGGUUAGGAAACUUGAAUUCUUGAUUGCAUUUCUCGUAUUAACAAUUGCUGCAUGCUUUUUUGUGGAGCUCGGAUAUGCAAAGCCUGAUGCUACUGAAGUUGUAAAUGGUCUCUUUGUUCCUAAUCUCAAAGGAAAUGGUGCUACUGGCCUUGCAAUUUCACUCCUUGGUGCGAUGGUUAUGCCGCACAAUCUCUUCCUCCAUUCAGCAUUGGUGCUUUCUAGGAAGAUACCACAAUCUGUUCAAGGCAUCAAACAGGCUUGCAGAUUCUAUCUAAUAGAAAGUGCCUUUGCACUAAUGGUGGCUUUCCUCAUUAAUAUAUCCGUUAUUUCUGUAAGUGGCGCAGUUUGUAAUUCCUCACAUUUGAGUGCUGAAGAUCAAAACAGCUGCGUGAACUUGGACUUGAACAAGGCCUCUUUUUUAUUAGAAAAUGUCUUAGGUAGUUGGAGUUCGAAACUUUUUGCAAUUGCUUUGCUGGCAUCGGGUCAGAGUUCUACUAUAACAGGGACAUAUGCAGGGCAAUAUGUUAUGCAGGGAUUUCUUGAUUUAAGGCUUCAGCCAUGGAUUCGGAACCUUUUGACACGUUCCUUGGCUAUAGUCCCUAGUUUAAUUGUUGCUCUUAUUGGUGGCUCUGCUGGGGCUGGAAAAUUAAUCAUCAUUGCUUCGAUGAUUUUGUCAUUUGAGCUCCCUUUUGCUCUUAUUCCACUUCUCAAGUUCACCAGCAGUAAGACCAAGAUGGGGGAACAUGCAAACUCUACCCUGAUUGCAGUUGCCACAUGGAUCAUUGGUUCCCUGAUUAUGACAAUAAAUAUAUACUAUCUGAUAACUGGUUUCAUCAAGUUGAUUCUUCAUAGCCACUUGAAACUUGUGGCAGCUGUGUUUCUUGGAAUAUUUGGGUUUUCCAGUAUGGCAGUAUAUUUGUCUGGAAUCCUAUAUUUGGUUUUCCGCAAAAACAAGGAGGCUACACACCUUUUGGCAUUAACAACACCUGGAAGUAGGCAAAUGACUAAUGAAUCGGAAAGUCUACCAAGAGAAGAUAUAGUGAGCAUGCAGUUACCUCCGAGAAAAGAUGCAGUAGAUCUUGACUGAUGAUUAGUUGGGUAAGCUCAAUUAAGAAGGCAGAAAGUCUAGGACACGUAGUUUAUAGUUCAAGGUAUAUACAAUGUUGCUAACAUCUAGAGAUGGAAACUAUGUUCAAAUAAAGUUUAUAAUAAAUUUGACUUUUUUCUUCA